CUACUGAAAAAUACUGGAGGAAUUCUUCCGUGAAAACGAGCCCGGAGACCGCAGCAGGGGCGAAUACUUUUAGCACGACAGAUUUCUGUUGGAGAUCUCUGCGUUUAUUUUAUGAAUCACGUUUUUACGCAGCGCGAAUAGCGCGUGGCACCCCGCGCCAGCCUCACGAGGAUGUCGGGGCACCCCGGGGUGCCGCAGCCCCCUGCUUGAGACACGGCGGGUUUAUAGCGUGGCGCAGCGGAGGGCGGGGCUGUGGGCGAGGGGCGGCCGCGGAGGGCAGACACCCCGCCGGGGCCGCGGGCAAGGGGCGCACGAAGAGGGAAGUCCCCUCCCCGGAGCCCUGCGCUCGCUUCAGGCGCGGCCCGCGGCGGGGCAGCGCCGCUCCGGGGAGCCUGCCGCAGCGCGGGUCGGCGCGGCUGCGCGCGGGCAGGAGAGAGCCAGGGGCCGUCCUCUUCCCCGCGGGCCCGGCCUGCAGCAGCAGCAGCGGCGGACGAGAGGGGGCGGGGCGGGGACACGGCCCGCCCCGCUCCGCUUCCGCUGCCAUGGCCGGCCGUGCGCGCUAGGGCCCGGCGGGCGGGAUGUGAGGCCAUGUCGGGCUGCGCGUGGGGGGCGCCGCCGCCGCUGCUGCUGGAGGCGCUGGGCCGCCUGUGGCAGGUGCAGGCCCCGCUGGGCAGCGGCUCGUCCGCCUCCGUCUACCGUGUGCGCUGCUGCGGCGACCCCCGCGCCCCGCCCGGCGCCGUCAAGGAGUUCGUGCCGCAGCCGCCGCUGCCGUCGCCGGGCCCGGCCCGGCCCGGCCCCGCGCGCCGCCCCGCCGCCGGCCCCCGCCCGCCCGGCUCCGACUACGCCGAGUACGGCUUCCGCAAGGAGCGCGCCGCCCUCGAGCAGCUCCGCGGGCACCGCAACAUCGUGACACUGUAUGGUGUGUUCACCAACCACUUCUCUGCCAAUGGGCCUUCACGCUGCCUCCUGCUGGAGCUGCUGGAUAUCAGCGUUUCAGAGCUGCUCCUUCACUCCAGCAAUCAUGGCUGCUCUAUGUGGAUGAUCCAGCACUGCGCCCGAGAUGUCCUUGAAGCCCUGGCUUUCCUUCACCAUAAAGGCUAUGUGCAUGCAGAUCUCAAGCCACGCAACAUUCUGUGGAGUGCAGAGGAGGAGUGCUUUAAACUCAUUGACUUUGGGCUUAGCUUCAAGGAGGGGAACCAGGAUGUGAAAUACAUUCAAACAGACGGGUACCGGGCUCCAGAGGCAGAAUUGCAGAACUGCCUGGCCCAGGCUGGGCUCCAGAGUGAAAUAGAGUGUACCUCUGCUGUGGAUCUCUGGAGUCUGGGAAUUGUUUUACUGGAAAUGUUCUCAGGAAUGAAACUGAAACAUACAGUCCAAUCUCAGGAAUGGAAGACAAGCAGUUCUGCCAUCAUUGAUCACAUUUUUGCCAGUGAAGGUGUGGUAAAUUCAGCCAUCCCAGCCUAUCACCUCAGAGACCUUAUCAAAAGCAUGCUUCAUUAUGACCAAGGAAAAAGAGCCACUGCUGAAAAGGCCUUGUGUAGCCCAUUCUUCAGCAUUCCUUUUGCUCCACAUAUUGAAGACCUGGUGAUGCUUCCAACUCCUGUGCUGAGGUUGCUAAAUGUUUUGAGUGAUGCCUCUCUUCAGUGUGAAGAAGAAUAUGAAGAUAUACUGGAAGAUAUUAGAGAGGAGUGUCAGAAAUAUGGACCGGUGGUUUCCUUGCUUAUUCCAAAGGAGAAUCCUGGCAAAGGCCAAGUCUUUGUUGAAUAUGCAAAUGCUGGUGAUUCCAAAGCUGCCCAGAAAAUGCUGACUGGAAAGAUGUUUGAUGGCAAGUUUGUUGUGGCUACGUUUUACCCACUGAGUGCCUAUAAGAGAGGAUAUCUGUACCAAACCUUGCUCUAGAUGGCAGUAACAAUCAGGAGAGUAGUUUUAGCUUCUCUUCCUCAUUUCAUUGUGUUUUACAAUUGAAUGUACAAAGAGUUUCUUAGCCCUGCUUUGGAGUAACUUAAAGGAAGAUCAGUGAAGGACAGAGACUGGGCUUGUGCCCUCUAUUGCUGCUUUAUGAAGUCCAAAGGAGGCCCACAUGGCUUCAAUUGCAUACAUUUUUUUUCUGCUUGUUUGGUUACAUUAGAAAUAUGUCUCUUCCCUGUCCUGGAAGGCUCUCGGGUGACUGGAGUAGUAGUGAUACUAGCAUGGGACUUGAAGGCCAAGUAGUUAAUUGACAGGUACUUUUAGGCCAUUACAUUUAUUUUUAUUUCUACACCUUAACACUUACUGUUCUUGAGAACUGGUGAUUUUGCUGAAUAUUCAACUUGUCUUUCAGUAAAAUGGAAGAGUCCAUAGUUUGUGUGCUCUUAGGCACCCCAGAGGGCCUCUAUCAGAUACAGAGAAGGCUUGACUGACUUUCCUGAUAAACCAGGUAAAGAAGCAAGCAGAAGCCCCCACUUCUGAGGUGGGUGGAGAAGAUUUCAGGUCUUCACAUCUAAUGAAGUAGUGGGCUACCUUGAGACUGGAUCCACCUGGCCUGUAGAGGUGCCCAGUCACUGACUUCUGACCCAAGAAGACCUUUAAAACUUCCCUCAGCACUAGAUGUCUGCUAACAUUGUCAGGGAAAUGACACCAGUGUUGGUGAGGGAACCUGUAGGCAGGUAGUAAAUUUAUAUGUGUGCAUGGGCUAGGAAGAGACUGAAUGGAUACGGAGCAGUGUCUUCAGGGAAAGUGCCAAUUUUAGUCCCAACAACCCCUGUAGCGCCUUGUAACUAAAGUUAUAUAGUAUCUUUGAAUACGAGGAGUCACCUCUUCAAACUAAUAACUAUUGCUGGCACUAAAUGUAGCCCACAUAAGCAUUUUUGGGUAGCAUUUUUGUAAAGGAAGGCUGGAGCAUGCAGUAUUCCUUUUUAAAGGAUCAGGAAGGAUAUCUAAUCUUAAGACUUCUAGGGGAGAACAAAUGUUUAUUGUAGUUUUCAUGCUUGGCUUCUAUUGUGUUGUGUGUUGGGGUUUUGUUUUUUUUGUUUUUGCUUUUGCUGUAGCCAGUGUUAAUCCAUUGGAAUUGCAGUAGUAGGCAGCAAGCACUGACACUUUUGGUCCUUCUUUGGUUACACAAAAGGGCCUGAGGCAAUCCAAGAUCUUUCAUAACAAAAUAAUCCUACUUGACUGACUUGGGACCUUUUCCGGGGUGCUGUCUUUCCCAGUGCCAUUGGGAACAAUAGGGUUAGCAAGCCUGGGAAUUCGAUGCUCUUGGGAGAGCGACAAUUUGGCUGUGACCAGUAUUGUUGCAUCAGCAUAGGGUCCCCUCCAAUACCAGUUAGUGGUCAAAAUCCAGAUCUGGCUCUACUCUUGCCUCUUUACCACUGAGUGAGAAUCACUUGUGCACCAGUUCCAGGGCAGCAGUUAAAAGGCUACUCUUCCAUGGGGUUUGCAGAUCUGGUUUUCUCUCCCCACCUCCAUCUCUGAUAUCUGAUCCGAGACAGAUACUUCCAUUUCUCCUUUCAGACUCAGAGUCAAGUAGCCCUGUGGGGGCGAGGGAGUGGAAUAUCCAGGCUUGAACCUCUGGCACUUCUUUCAUCAUUCUCGUCCUGAGCCCCGAUUUUAAUUCAUUUUUCUACCAGAAACAUGCUGGCAUAGCUCUCUGAGCUGUCCCUCUCUGGGGAGAACUGCAUUUUGGCAGUUAAGCUGGUGGCAUCCUGCCAGUGCUGGACUUUCCAGAAUUCUGCACUUGACCUUGCCUGCUGAUAUUGCUAAUAUGCACAUACUGUAUGUCAAGUGAGAGCUGAAGUCUGUAGCAUUUCACAAGUUGCUUUGGUCUUCAUUCCUUCUUUGAUGAUGCGGAGCAGCUGCUGCCACACACGGCUGAAGUUGAAACUAGCUUCCCAUUUUCGUACUUUCCCUUCACUUACUCAGAAAGAACCAGUCUUCUUGAAUUUUUUUCCAGGCCAAGAAGAAGUGUUUGGUAUUAUUUUACCCCCUGAGAAAUUUGGUAAAAAUCAACAAAGGAGUUUUAACAUUGUGUUUUUUAAAUUUUAACUGAUGAUUGCUUCACUGAUCAGCCUUUUUCUGAGUGUCAGUUGGCUGUACCUCCAGUGAGGCUUGGCUAUAGGGAACAUGGCUUGCUUGGCUUUUGUUAGCCUUGCAAAGAAGUUACCUGUAGUGUCCUGGAGGAAUGGGAGACGGUAUGUUUAGUGGUUGCUUCAGCACACGAGGAAAUGAUUUUUAAACUACCAAAAUUCUAGAUGUAUUGUUACGUGAACUGACUUGCUGUUGACCCCUGCCUUCACUGCUCUGUUUGCUGAGCUUAGCUAUGGUAGGGAAUGGCAAGGCCUUGUUCACAUUCAAAAUGCCGUGUUAACACAACACUUGCCAAUUUGUUAAAUACUCUGUGCAGAGGGGUAGCGUUAUUUAAAAUGUGGUCAGCUGGAAUGACUAAGCAUGACAGUCCUUGUCUUAGCUCAGUGCUUGUCUUUCCUAUUUAGACGAGCCCUGGAUGGGAGAAGUGUAUCAAAAGGGGAGGCAUCCGUGGGGGUGCUUGGGAGGGAGCCUUGUAACCACCAGUGAGGUGAGUGGAGGAGUGUGUGGAGGGAUGGCAUUAAUCCAUGGUCUUGAGGGCAAGGAAGGAUUGUGUUGGAAAUGAGCACAGAGCAUCCCAUGCAGAAGCACUGAGUUCUGAGACCACAGGAAGGGGCUGCAAGGAAAAGACAGGAGUGCAUGUGCAGGAGUUGCAGGUAGCCAGGAUGGGAGCAUGCUGUUUCUGAUAAACUUAAAUUGAGUCUGAUGGGAGCUAAGAGUGGUAUAUAGUGAAGACAGAAGGUGAAGGGUGUGCCUGUACAGGACUUCAAAGGCUCCUUUUUUCUAGGUACUAAACAGUAUGGAGAGAUUUGGCAAUGUUCUCCAUCCUCUCAGCCAGUUUGCCACCCAGGUGUUAACUUCCUGGUGGUAAAUUAGCAGGCUCGGCAUCCCUUGCUGCAGUCUCAGGAGACAGGCCCAGUCCUGAUAGCCACAUGUUAGCUUGAGCUUUGGUUUAAACACCAAACUGCUUCCUUAGGGAGGAGCAAAAGGGAGAAUGGCAGUGGGAUCCAGAUAGUGCCCCAAACCCUGCUUUGUACAGUGGUGCUGCCGUUUCAUAACCUAGCAGGCUGCCUGCACCUCCUUGGCGUCCAUCAUCCAGGAGGGUGAAUUGGCCCCAUAACCUAAAUGCAAGCUUAGUGGAUCUUCACUGCUUCACAUGGGGCUUUCCCUACAUGGGUAAAGGCUCCCAAAGUCCUCUAUCGAAUGAAACCAAAUCUGGGCUAGGAUCCUUCUGCGUGUGUUUCCAGGCCACUUUCAGGCUUGCUGCCCAGCUCUCUCAUGCUUCGUCUUGUUCCUCUCCCCUUGUAGGCUGUCUCUGGCAUACAGACAUCAUCCUGGCUCUCCACAGGCCUCUCUAGCUUUUGGCCUGGGCACCACUGUUCGGGCCAGCAAUUUGGUUGCUUCCAGGGCAGUCCACACACUUGUUGGUUCCCAUAUGCCCCAAUAACUGCCUUUACUACCAUGGCUGUCCCCUUUGUCCCCCUCUUUUCUGUAGGAUAGAUUACUGUCUAGCUCUUCCUUUCCUGGCAUAUUGAGGGUAGCUGGAUGGCUUGAAGUAUUCAUAGGGAAAGUGUUUGUAGCUGGAUCCUGUGAUCCUGUGCUUUUAGGUUUGCCUGUGCUUAAAAAAAGAAAGUGUUUUUGUUCAGUUGUUGGAGCUGCUAAUCCUUAGCCCAGGAGGGAGAACUGCCUGCUGUGAUGGAGGGUCAUGUUCUUGUGUGUCUUGGCAGAACUGAUUCUACCAAAGAUGUUGGUUGGGCUUUUUUGUUAGAUAGCUUUAAUUCAGUAGAUUUGAACCAAAUACACCUGCAAAAUGCAAACUUCUUGAGUAGCUUUUUCUCUUGAUGCCAUGUGAAAGCAAGGAUCUGAGCACCUACCCAGGAAAGAUCCUAGGGUUCUUUUUGGCUGUCUGUUUCCUGGUGAGGAUUCAGGAUGUUAAUCAGGGUUGUCUUAGCCAUUGCAGUCUGGCCUCUGCAACUUCCCUCCACAGUUUUGAUUGAAUACAGAAGGGCACCAUGCAGCUUCAGACAAAGAUGAAUUCAACCAGCUUUUGAGAGAGGACUUCUUAAGAGCCAGCCUAGUAAGCUUUCUAUAGAACAGCGUAGUUGAAACCAGAUCCAUUGUCUCUCAGUACAGGAUCCUGAUGGAUGCACCUGUAGCUUUGCAGCAUAGUCAAAGGCAGUUGGAAGCUGUUUCCUGUUGUGUCUGAACUAUGCACAGGCAUGUAAGGAAGUGAGUAAGUCCUCUAAUAUUGCCUACUGUUUGGUAGGUCUGGAUCUUCUCAGUCUUUAUUGUGGGGAGGGAGGGAUUUCACUUCAUUGCACAAGUUUCUUCUGGCUGAGAGCUUCACUGAGCCUCUUUAUCUGUGCCAAUGCAGCCCGCUGAAAUAGUUACCUUGUUUUCACCUUUGUCUCUGGCUUGAAUGUUUUCUCUUACCCUGUCAUGGGCAGUAGAAAUCCCUCACUAGCAAAGGAAGGUUCCUAGGGUACACUUUCUCAAUUUAGCAGAGCUGAUAAUGGCUGUGAGACUGAGACAAACAGAAAUAAGACAUUACUAUUGUCCCUCGCUCCCCACAAUCCCCCUGCCAAGGGCCAUUUUGCCAAAGUGAGUAGAAAACUUAACAGCUCUCUGAAGGACUCACACCCUUUUAUAGGCCUAGGCACCAGGUGGCUAUUGUGGGCCUGUUGCAGAGAUUGUCAUAGCAGAGCCUGGCUUCAGCUCCUCAAGGAGCCAGACUCCAACAGGCAGGGCCCUGGCUAGUAGAGCUCUGCAGAGGCUGGCGAGUUCCAUCAGAAGCUGGAAGUUGCUUCUCUGCUUGGGUGUCAUUUUAAUAGGUCGCUCAGCCUCAGCCUUGUUUGAGCUAGGCAAGUGGGAGUCAGCCAGGCUGCACUACUAGAUGCUGGAAGUGUAUCUAAUGCAGUAACAAAGCAGUUGAGCAACUCUAGCUGAAUCAGGUCUAUCAAGGCUGGCUAGUUUUUCCAGUGAAGGAUCCAGGACUUGAGUCUGGAGUGCUCAGUUGCUUUUGGCUGAUUUCUGCUUCCUCAGGUAUCCACUUGAUGAUUUGAAGCAUUCUUAGCUUGGCAUCUUCUAGCCUAAGGUUCUGCCUAGCUCUGCCAGGGUUGUUGCCUACAGCCGCUACCCCUUGUCCCCAUUCUCACUAGGUUGGCUCCUUGAGGUGACCUCCCGCUGCAGGCAACAAUGAUAGUUCCAGCAGGCAUGGAAUUAGGUUGCAGCCGGCCAUUCAGCUCUAACCCUUGAGCCUCAGUUGAAGGUCCCAAACAAUCUGCCAUGCUUACAUGGCCCUCUAAAGCACAGCAUUGAACUGUUUAAGCUAUGACUGUUUACCAAGAAGCUCUGGGAUCUGUUGCAGUGUGGCAUGGAUGCUUAUGCAGGAAUGCAUCAAUGUCAAAUGUCUUCCAGUGAUACUGUUUCAUGUGUGGGUAUAAGUACAAUCCUAGCUGACAUCUAAGACAUGCAGCAUUUAAGUAUUUAAGAGCAAUUAUGUGUGACCUUUUGGGAUCUUUACAGUAGUUGCAUCAGUACAACCCAAGAGUGAGGCACUUCAGCUGAGGUGUAGCCAAUAUGCCAGGGACAAAAAGUAACCAGCAUACUAGGGAAGGUUCAGUAAAAUAGACCUACCCAAGGCAGCUGAGUGCCCUCAGUGAAGAGAAUCUUUUUCGUGUGACUGUCAAACUGCCAAUAGAAAUUGAUUUGGGACUGGAGGGGAACAGUCACAGUGAAGUUUGCACAUGGGUUUCAAGAGGCAGAUAGGAGAUCAGUGCCAUCACUCAUUCCCACAGCAGAGAGAAGCUAUUCCACUUAAGGCAACAGUCUCCUUGUUUGUCUUAACCAUGGUCUCCCCUGACUGUAACUGUGGUAAGCUACUAGAGUGACCAGACUCAAGUGGAUGGAGCCCUGUUGUCCAGCAGUGAAAUAAUGACCAAAUCUUCCCAUCUCUGUAGGGUGCAACACUGGGUACCAUUGUGACCUCACUGAUGAUGUUUGUAUUGCUGGAGUGGUGAGGGUGAGGGGAAGGGCUACCAGAUGACCUGAAAGAUUUACUCACUAGAAACUUUGAAUGGCAUCUGAACUGUCUGCAGCAGUGAGAUUUCCAUUACAAUGAAAUGCACUUUGUAUGAAUGUCUGAUGAUGUCUGUAUUAAGUGAAAGAGCAAUGAUGCUGAACUGCAGCAUAGGGUGUGUAUAACACUUGCUGGUCUCCUUUGCUUUGGUCUACUGGCGGCUGGAGAUUACUGAUAUAUGAUGAUCGUUGGUAUGCUACUAGUUUUUUUAAAUAAUUAAAUGCCUUUUCUUUUCUUAACAGUGGAUGGAUUUAUUCCUUUUUUCCUGUGUGUAGGAGCCUGCCAUAAAUUGGGUAGGGCACUGAUUAUGGGGCCUGAACAGCAUUUCAAGAGAGGAAAUAAAUAUCUGUGAGACUAACUAUUGAGAGACCCCCUCAGAAGAAAAAAAGUACUUUGGCUCCUUGCUUGUGUUAUGGGCAGAUGCAGAAGUUGCUAUAACCCAUAUUGCUCAUACCACUGAAUAAUGGUGUUUUAUCUUUAAAGCCUUCCCUUUGACCAUUCAUGCCCAUCCUCAGAAUAUUUUUAGGUGACAUCUAGAAGUUAGUGUAAGAUCAGGUCUUUACUCUUGAAAUGUAUGCAUCUGUUUCUAACUCAGGUUCAGUUAUUUGCAUUGGGUAAAGUGCAGAUAUCUUGGAGACAUAAAUGGCAGUAAUGUGAUAACUGUAUCACAGGACACAGCUGCUGUGAAGGUACACACACAGUACCUGUAGCCAGGUUCUGUUGUGUCUCCUACCCUUAUCCUUACCUGCAACAAAUUAACUAGGAAACCUGGUUUAAUCUGUAGAUCAUUAGCCUGACUUUCAGAAGAAAGGAAACAUCUAGUCUGUAUUAUCUGAAGGUGGGGAAGGGAAAUUUGAUUGAGUUAGAGCUCACUAGAAGCAAGGGAGGGAAAGGACCCAGCCUGUCUGUCAGAGCCAACAUUUUCAGGGUUACUAGUUAGGGAAAAAUAAAACCGUCUCCUUGUAAAUUGCUGCACUGCAUGAAGCCAGCUGAUGAUGUGAGAGCCAACAGUGGUACUUAAUCAUGUCUUCAAGAACAAGGCAGUGGGAGGCAUGUCUCCACAAUGAGCAGCAUGACCUUUUCCACAUGUUCCUUCGGAAUUGCACAAAUGCGCUAUUAGAAAUAUUCCUCUCCUUCCUCCGGGUAUGUUUACUUGAGUCCUAGUACUUGGAGUUUAACUCUUCCUUGGAAUCAACCAGAUUUAAACAACUUGAUCAGAUAGGAAGAAAUUCUUUGUCUUGCUGUGAGAGUUGCUUCACAAUCUGAAGACAAAGCUGUUUUAUAGGCUCUAACAAGAUUUUCUCUUUUUUUUUUAAUCCUUUUUUCUCCCCUGGCCCCCCGCCUAUAUCUUUUGGUAUGAUUUUAGCUUCUAUCAUAGUACUUGGAAACUGGUGGAGUGUUGUCCGCAGGGUCACACAGCAUCCUAUAACAGCAUUCCAAUCUUCUGUUCACCUCCAUCACCGACUCAGAUCAGUGCCAUCUGCGCCAAGUCAGUGCCAAGAUCAGUGCCAUCUGUCAUGAGCAGUGGGGUGCUGGAAUGUUAGUCUAACAGCUUGGCUUAAUGGGUUUCACUGCUUUUGAUCAUGCUCUUGUUACAGCUGUGGUUCAUCUCAAGACAAAGUGUUCAGGAACUAGAGAGAGAGAGAUGCUUCACACAAGUUAAUUGCGGGGAACACAUUUGUAUUGCAGUUGUUAAGUUCACUGAAACUUAAUGUAGCUCCUAUUGGAAAGAUUCAUUCAGGUCCCAUCAGGUUGGCCUGUUGCUAGAUAAUGGCCCCCUGCCCAUACCUCUCCAGUAUAUUGUACUGACAAAUGACACCUAGGGAGGAAGAACCAGCAGCAUACCUACAGGCUGGGGAACUCCCUUCUUGUCAACACAGAGGCAGAAAAGGAUCUUGGAGUAAUUUAUAGACUCCAAGAUGAACAUGGGUCACCAAUGUGGGGACAUGGUCAGGAAGGCUAACCGCACCUUGUGAUGCAUCCACAGAUGCAUCACGAGCAGGUCCAAGGAGGUGAUCCUCCCCAUCUAUGCAGCAUUGGUCAGGCCACAGUUGGAGUACUGCAUCCAGUUCUGGGUGCUGCACUUAAGGAGGGAUGUGGACAGCAUCGAGAGGGUCCAGAGGUGGGCCACUCACAUGAUCAGGGGGCAACAGGGCAGGCCCUACGAGGAGAGGCUACAAGACCUGAACCUGUUUAGCCUCCACAAGAGAAGGCGGAGAGGGGAUCUGGUGGCCGUCUAUAAACUGGCCAAGGGAGACCAGCAGGGAAUGGGAGAGACCCUGUUCCCCCAAGUACUACUGGGAGUAACAAGGAAUAACGGCCAUAAGUUGACUGAGAGUAGAUUCAGGCUAGAUAUUAGGAGGCACUACUUCACAGUCAGGGCGGCUAGGAUCUGGAACCAACUUCCAAGGGAAGUGGUGCUUGCUCCUACCCUGGGGGUCUUCAAAAGGAGGCUGGAUAGACACCUUGCUUGGGGUUGUUUGGCCCCAGCAUCCUUUCCUGCCCAUGGCAGGGUGUUGGACUUGAUAAUCUACUCAGGUCCCUUCCAGCCCUACCAACUAUGAAACCAUGACACUAGUCUAGUGCCACUCAAAUGUUAGGCUUACACCAGGUUGUGGCUACAGGCUGGUUCCACUUACAGCCAAAGAUACUUGGACAGUACCAGUAAGAGAUGGCAAUUUUUUGCAUAUCAGCCUAUUUAUUAUAUGCAAAGAGAAUGAUUCUCUUGUGUCAAGACCAAUGUAGCUUUUCACUGCUGUUCUCCCCUCUCCCCCAAAACUGCUGGCUUAAGCACAAGCCUAAUUGCUGAUUUAAUUCUUUGCUUCCAUCCACUGUUCCUUAAGGACAAGGCAUAAGCACUGUGUUUUACUUCAGUGUUACAUGUCUAUCCUUUUGGCUGUACCCUGUUCUGUAAACAGGCCUUUAUUCAGAUGAGAUGUAAACUGAUGUACCCCAUUAUGCACUGUUGCUGAGCUGAUGUGUGCUUGAUACAAAUGAUUAACAAAUAAAGCUUCAAUAUAAGGAGGUUAAA